CUUUCUUUCGUCUAAUAACUAAUUAUGGUUGGUUUAUUAAACAAACAGACCCUACAGGACCUACUACAUAAACUCUUCCAAAAAUAUCCUUGAAAUCCUGCGAAAUCAUCCAUGAAAGCGACGAUCGCCAUACGAGCCUUUCCGCGGCAAUAUGUAGAGUAGUGCAGUAUUUAACUACACGCCGGCGACACGCGCGAUCACUUACCCGCCGGCGGCCGGCCGAACGCAUUCCGCGCUCCCAAAUAUUCAACAACACUAGCAACAAAAACAGGUUUCUUCGGCGCUGUCGGUGAGGGCAGCUCGAUCGAUGCAACGUACAGAGGACAUGAAGAAAGAGGACUGCCGCUCGCGGAUGGGUGUUGGAAAAGUGCAGUUUGUGCUGUGACAAUACAUUGACAGUUUGUGUGUGACUAGUCUGUGAAAUUUGUUGAUUUUUUAAACUUGAAAUUCAGCAAUAUGCUGAUCUAUAAGAUCGCACCUGUCCUCCUGCUGGCACUCCUUGCCCGCGCCGACAAGAAAAUAGAACUACAAGACAUCGAGGAAGACAACUUGAAAAGCGAAAAGGAAAAAGAUUACGAUAAAAAUGAAGUACAUCCCACCAGCCAGAAUAUUAACGCUCUAGAUUUCUUUAAGAAUGGUCUUAUUAAGUACUUCGAGGGGCACCCGCCGCCGCAGUCGCAGCCGCGCUACGUGCAUCAGUACGCGGUGACGGAGGCUCCGGAGAAGCCCCCCGCGCACCCCCCGCGCCCUUCGUACACGGCCCCGUCCGGCCCCGGCGCGCAGCAGGCCAUGGUGGGCUACCUGUCCAACGUGCCCAUGCAGAUAUAUCUAGUCCCUCAGUAUUACAACGAGCACGCCGAGCCAGCCAGCAGCGCCAGCCCACAGUUCCCCAGUCCGCCACCACGCGCCUACACCGCGCCCGAGGCAGCCGCCGCCGCCCAAACGCAGACUAACUACAUAGACGUUCCCGCCUACGUCACGCCCACCGGCAAAGCAUACCUACAACCCAUGCCACAGUACACGCAACAGUUUGCCUACGUGACAUAUCCUCAGCCGACUGUUGCUACAGUGGCUCAGAAUAGCCCUCACAUGUAUGUGACGUCACCAGGCGCCUCGGGCCCCGGGCUCCAACAUCCCCUGCUGCAGUACCAGAUGCCGGUUCAGUAUCAAUAUCAAACAGCAUUAGUUUCCCCGCCUUCAUACCACAAGCAGUAUUACCAGCACCAACAGUUGACCGACUCGUCGCUCAACACACUCGAAGAGGCCCCAGAGAAUGAAAUCGAAAGUCCUAAAGAGUACGCGGCGCAGACCGAAGCGCCCUACAAGUCCCCCGAGUACCCGCGGUACUAUUCCUCUAGAGCUCCCCUGAGAGAUGACCACAGACUAGGUCACGUUCAGGAUCUACCUCCUCCCAAUCCUUUAUUACUGCGAGGUCCGCCUCCCCACCUUGCUCAUUUGCCAAAGGCAUUACCGUUCUAUCGUCCGUUGAACAAACCAGUUUACUCAGCUGGAGCGAGCACUAUUUCGAAUGCGAUCACGCCUCGUCCCGUCGAUGGGUACGGACCUCCUUUUAGGAAGCGUCCGACCUCUUUGCUGGACUCGUACAUACCUUCGGGUUUGCAGGUGGAGUAUCUGAAAAGAGGUUAUGCUAAGGAUCCUUCGGCGUUGUACGACGCUUUGUCGAGCGGUCGGCCGUUCCCCGCGCCCCGUCACUUUGAGCGUGGGUUCGUGCCUAACCAGGUGUUCCAGACACCCACCGGCGGAGUCACAUUCGCUCACUACAAAAGAGCAUCAAACAAGCAUCCACAAACAUGAAGAGCGAAGGUGGUAAUCUCUAAGAAACAAAUGACUGUUAAAUUGUACAAAUGUUGUUUUUGACGAAUAAUUUUAUGUUUUGCAUUAUAAAUAAUAAAAUUAUGUAGAUCUUGUGAAAUAAUUCUAUUUAUAAGAUUUUAAUAUGUAGAUAUCGUAAAGUAGGUUUAGAUUAUGUAGUAAGCUAGAAUAUAUGAAGUAAGAAUGAGAUUUGGCAUAGCGAAAUUGUGUACGAAGGUCAGUAUUUUUGAGUAACGUUUUGAUAUUGAUUGAAUAUUUAUGUUAAUAAAGUUAUUGUUGAAACCGUC